CACUUCCGGUUGGAGGGAGAGAGAAGAACUUGAGUGUUCGGGGGCAGUUGGCGGAAAGACGUGAAAAUUGUGAAAAUGUCAUCAACAUCCCAAAAACACAGAGACUUUGUGGCAGAGCCAAUGGGAGAAAAGUCAGUCCAAUGUCUGGCAGGUAUUGGUGACACAUUGGGGCGCAGGCUUGAGGAAAAAGGGUUUGAUAAGGCUUAUGUGGUGUUGGGUCAGUUUCUUGUUUUGAAGAAGGAUGAAGAGCUUUUCAAGGAGUGGCUGAAAGAUGCCUGUUCUGCCAAUGCCAAGCAGUCUAGAGAUUGUUACGGCUGCCUAAAAGAAUGGUGUGAUGCCUUUUUGUAAUGUAUUCCUGAUGCCUCCCCAAAGCCACACAAGGUUGCCAGACGCAUCAUUAUCUUGAAGGCCAAGCAACUUGCCCACGUUUGAGACAUUUCUAUUGGACUAGGAAAGAAAUCUAUGGGCAUAUGAACAAUUUUAGAAAUAACAGAUGAUCCAUGAUGACCAUUUCCAAUAAAAUAAUCCCUCGAUAUUAUUCAAUCUGAUGCUUCUAUAUGUGUAGUAGCAACGGCCACAAUAUUCUCUAUUCUGUAUAUUUAGUUUAAUAGGAAUUUCAGUGGCGUCUUUUAUUUAUUUUAAAUACACUCGAAUGCAACUGGUUUUAUCUUUAUCCUAUGCUAAGGAUUGAGCUGACGCAUUUUUCUUGGGAAGAUGUCAUCAAUGUUGUAUUUGUCUGUUUCAGCAUUUCUAUAAACAUUUAUC